AUGCAUGAGAUUGUCACAUUGCAGUUCGGGAACCAAGCCAAUUAUCUUGCCACGCAUUAUUGGAACACACAGGAAGCAUACUUCACAUAUGCAGGGCAGGAAGAGUCCCCAGUCGACCACGACCUCUCCUUCCGGCCCGGUAUUGGGGCCGAUGGCUCGGACACAUACACACCACGAACCGUGAUCUACGACCUCAAGGGUGCCUUUGGCACAUUGCGGCGCGAGAAUGCUCUAUACGAGCUGCAGAAUCAGCUGAGUCCUGCACAGCAAAAUCCGUGGGCUAGCAAUGCCAUACCUCUACGACUGCCACCAAUCGCGCCAAGUGCAUAUCAGCAAGCACUCGACGCCGGAACUGAUCUUCCCCGAUUAACUUCAGACACUGUUCGAUUCUGGUCUGACUACAACCACGUCUUCUAUCAUCCGAAGAGCAUUGUUCAGCUGAACGAAUACGAACUGAACAGCUCUCUGAUGCCAUUCGAGCAAUGGUCGAAGGGAGAGGAGCUUUUCGCAAACCUUGACCGAGAGCAUGAUUUGCUUGACCGUGACCUGAGACCAUUUCUCGAAGAGUGCGAUCAGCUGCAGGCUAUUCAGAUCUUCUCGGGCACGGAUGAUGCCUGGGGCGGAUUUGCUUCACGCUAUCUCGAACGUGUAGCCGAUGAGCUGGGCAAAGGCUGCCGCUGGGUCUUCGGCUUGCAAGACACCCAGCGGGCAACCAGAGACCGGCAACUUCUUCAAUUGGCCAACACCGCGCAGUCACUGUAUGCACUCAAUUCAUCGGCCAGCUUGCAUGUUCCAAUGGCUAGCGUCCCGGCGAGCCUUCCUGCGUAUACGUUGCUGGGCGACGCGGGUCGUUGGUGCACUGCUGCGCUACAAGCUGCGGCAAUUGAGUCGAUGACACUACCGACUAGGCUCCGCACCGCUAACAGCGCUCGAGCUACCUUUGAUAAUCUGGAGUCGGUAUUGAACGGUGAGGGUAACCGGCGCAUAGCUGCAUGUCAAGUUUCUGUCUCGGCAGAGAGACGGGAUCACGAAGACGUCCCGACUAAUGCAACCUCGGAUUCGCGAAUGACCAAUGGCUUGGUACAUGACGAUGAACGAGAAGAUGAAGAGGCCAAGGCAGAUAUUGACAUGUUCCCUCAGUUUGCAGUCACAUCGGCUGCUUCUCGGCGGCAACACCAACGGCGGCCACAGCUGUUCAGCAAGAUCUCGUCCAUCCGGGACAAAUAUGGACACCAAUCAGAACUUGACGCGCACGAUGACCGAGAUCGCGCUCGCUUCUCAGAUGGACCGAGGACCUCCUCGUACAGAUCUGAUUUGUCUUUCUCAGUGCUCACAUCCUACCCACGGAUUUUCAGAUUUGAACCGCAGUCUACUACUCUUGCUAUAGAUGCCUCGCUAUCGACUCAUUCUGAUAUAGCCCAACGACUGCGAAGCGUGGAAAGCAUUGCCCGGCGUAUGGUUGGUGUUGAUGAACGCGAGGCUCUAUGUGAUGGACUAGCAGCUAUGGCGGAUGAGUACGAAGAGGGUUGGAUGAGUGAUAGCGAAAGUGAGGACGAAUGA